UUUUUUUUAAAUAUUCGUCAAUGGAUCUCUGUGGCUCAUUGGUUUAGGCUAUCGAAUACUAACCAAUGGAUCACGGGUCCUCGUCCGCACUCCACCAACUGAGAGUGGUUUGGACAGCCGGGUGUUAGUGUCAUUAGCCCUGACACAUUGAAACUGGUGCCUAUCCCUACAGUAAGCCAUAAUCUAAGUAACACUGGUAAUUAAUUAUUGAUGGUUGUGGUGAACAUCCCUCCUGGGUCUUGAUUCACGUUUCCCUUCCCUUCCUUCCUUCCUUUCUUUUCUUUGUUUCUAAAAACAAGCGCCUCAUAUUGUGGUUCAUGGUGUGUCCGCAAGUCGGUGAACCACACCGCUGGACAAGACUUAAUGAAUAAUAAUAAUAGCAAUGAUGAUAAUAAAGGUGAAGCAAUACAAGGAACUAGCAACGUGGAAUGGAGUCCCGAAGAAAAAUGUCUAUAUGAAGUAUUAGCUCCAUUGUUUAUCCCCUACGGGCAUCCAUCUUUUAAUUUGCACAACUGGUGCUGUAAAAUGUCGCAGUUACUUGGGAUGAAGAAGUCUUCUGACAUAACAACAUCUAGGCAGAUACCACCUACCGUUUCCUAUAAGAAUGACAAUCAAAACAUUUGA